AGAUGUAGACGGUCUAGAUCGGCGCCUCUCACCUCCCCUCGCCUCGCCGAGACCUCCCGACGGGCUCUGAACCCCGGAACCCCGUAGGCGAUCCAUGGCGGCGGCGGCUGGUUGGCUCCGGCGAGCUGCAUCGGCGGUGUCGUUGCCUCGCAUGCCUUCUGGACUGCCCCUCAUGCCAACUCCUCCCCCCGCUCCUCUCCCGGAGGCUCAGUCGCUCGUGCUCCCCGGCCUUGGCGCCGCCGUCGGCCCCGCUAUGGAACUUAUGGCCGUCCCCAAGAAGAAGAUCUCAAAGUAUAAGAGGGGUUUGAGAAAUGGGCCCAAAGCCUUGAAACCUGUUCCAGUGAUUGUCCGUUGCAGGUGCUGCGGUCGAGUGAAGCUGCCCCACUUCUACUGUUGCAGCGGAGAAAGAGGGAACCCUGGUGACUCGAGCUCAUGAAUGUUCAGUUUUCAACCAUUUCAGGUUGCACAUCAAGCUAUGGCUGAACGUCAUAAUACCAUGGAAGUUCCCAGAUUUCGUUUUGAAUUCUGCUGUUGUUCUCUUCGCAAGCAGAUCAUCAAAUGUAGACUUUAGUUUGAAUUGCACGAUGCUGUGUUGCAAGUUUGCCUGCCUUGAGUGUUUUCUGAGAUCAGGGUUUGUCUGUUGCUUCCUUCCAGUAAGACUAGUAGGAUCCCGCAUUUCCACCAAAAGAGUAAUAAAGUAAAAAAGUAUUCCCUCCGUUCGUAAAUUCUUGUCGCUGUUUUAGUUCAAAUUUGUACUAAAAUAGCGACAAGAAUUUAGGAACGGAGGGAGUAGUAGCAUGUCUCUUGUUUUGUGAGUUUUGAUCAUCAGAAGCUGAAAGAAGUUGAUACUAACAGAUCAUUGUUUCAACCAUAAUCGUGAUGGACUUUUUUUCUGACA